GGCCGACAAUCCCGCCCGCCCCUCCUCGGAGCCCAGGAGAGGCGGUGAGCGGAGCCGGGCCAGUCCAUUGUCUGCUGGGGGGGGGGGGCGUGGGCGUGGCGCUGCCACCUCCGGGAAUCUUCCUGGCGACAGCCCGCGGGCACGGCGGCGCCGAGAUGAGCGCCGAGAACCCAGCCAGCUGGCCCACGCCGGUGCAGGACGUGCAAGGUGACGGGCGCUGGAUGUCCCUGCACCAUCGGUUUGUGGCCGACAGCAAAGAUAAAGAACCCGAAGUCGUCUUCAUCGGGGACUCCUUGGUCCAGCUGAUGCACCAGUGCGAGAUCUGGCGGGAGCUCUUCUCUCCUCUGCACGCGCUGAACUUCGGCAUUGGCGGUGACGGCACACAGCAUGUGCUGUGGCGGCUGGAGAACGGGGAGCUUGAACACAUUCGGCCCAAGAUCGUGGUGGUCUGGGUGGGCACCAACAACCACGGGCACACAGCAGAGCAGGUGGCAGGCGGUAUUCAGGCCAUUGUGCAACUGGUGAACCAGCGGCAGCCCCAGGCCCGGGUCGUGGUGCUGGGCCUGCUCCCACGGGGCCAGCACCCCAACCAGCUUCGGGAGAAGAACCGCCGGGUGAAUGAGCUGGUGCGGGGGGCCUUGGCCGGCCACCCCCGGGCCCACUUCCUGGACGCCGACCCUGGCUUCGUGCACUCAGAUGGCACCAUAAGCCACCACGACAUGUAUGACUACCUGCAUCUGAGCCGCCUGGGCUACACACCUGUCUGCCGGACCCUGCACUCCCUGCUCCUGCGCCUGCUGGCCCAAGACCAAGGCCAGGGCGCCCCCCUGCUGGAGCCUACCCCCUAAGCCACCUACCUGCCUUUCCACACAUUAAAUUCUCCCACCUCA